CGUGCCUGUCGGGUUUCGAAUCCCGACUCCGACCCUCGCCCCCGGCGCGCGGCCGGCUGGCAGGCCAGCCUUCAGACCCCGCAUCAAUCAUUAACGGGUCUGCCCCGGCUGCGGCGGCCCCGGGGAGGGGGAUGGAACGGCUGCUGGGGGGCGCAGGUCCUGCCUUACACCCGGAGCGACGCCCCCGGCGCGGGCACAAAGGCUCCGACGGGCGGCGGGGGCUGCCCAGCGCGCAGGAGCCGGCGCCAGAGGUCGCCUGCGCGCGCUCCAGCCCGGCCCCGGGCACCAUGCCGCGGCGCCUGCAGCCCCGGGGCGCGGGCACGAAGGGCACGACCGCCGCGGCUCCGGGGGCCACCCGGCGCUCCCACCCCGCAGUCCCCGAGGCUCCCCCCGCGUCAGCCAAGCUGCUGCUGCGGUGGGACGAGGUACCCGACGACUUCGUGGAGUGCUUCAUCCUGUCGGGCUACCGGCGCCUGCCGUGCACAGCGCAGGAGUGCCUGGCCUCGGUGCUGAAGCCCACCAACGAGACACUCAACUUCUGGACGCACUUCAUCCCGCUGCUGCUGUUCCUGAGCAAGUUCUGCCGCCUGUUCUUCCUGAGCGGCCGUGAUGUGCCCUUCCACCACCCCUGGCUGCUGCCGCUGUGGUGCUACGCGUCCGGGGUGCUGCUGACCUUCGCCAUGAGCUGCACGGCGCACGUGUUCAGCUGCCUCUCGCUGCGCCUGCGCGCCGCCUUCUUCUACUUGGACUACGCGUCCAUCAGCUACUAUGGCUUCGGCAGCACCGUGGCCUACUACUACUACCUGCUGCCCGGCCUGAGCUUGCUGGACGCGAGCGUCAUGACCCCGUAUGUACAGCAGCGCCUGGGCUGGCACGUGGACUGCACACGCCUCAUCGCCGCCUACCGCGAGCUGGUGCUGCCGGUGGCCUUCGUGCUGGCUGUGGCCUGCACAGUGGCCUGCUGCAAGAGCCGCACCGACUGGUGCGCCUAUCCAUUCGCCUUGCGCACCUUUGUCUUCAUCAUGCCCCUCAGCAUGGCCUGCCCGAUUAUGCUGGAGAGCUGGCUCUUCGACCUGCGAGGUGAGAACCCCACGCUCUUUGUGCACUUCUAUCGCCGCUACUUCUGGCUGGUGGUGGCUGCCUUCUUCAACGUGAGCAAGAUCCCUGAGCGCAUCCAGCCAGGCCUCUUCGACAUCAUUGGUCACAGUCACCAGCUUUUCCACAUCUUCACUUUCCUCAGCAUCUACGACCAGGUGUACUACGUGGAGGAGGGUCUACGCCAGUUCCUCCAGGCCCCGCCCGCAGCGCCCACCUUCUCGGGCACCGUGGGCUACAUGCUGCUGCUGGUGGUUUGCCUGGGCUUGGUCAUCAGGAAGUUCCUCAACAAUACCGACUUCUGCAGUAAAAAGAGGGCACUGCCAAACUACAAGGGAGAGAUCCACUGCUACCAGGGAAUCUCAGUCCACUUGGAGCUUUAGGCAAGGGGUCGGGGGGAUCAAGCAAGAGAGGGCCACUGGUUCUUGCUCCCUGAAAAAAAUCAGGUAAUGUCUCUGACACCCAGGGGUUUUGCCAAGGUAUACAAUCCCAAACACCCCCAAACAGUUUGAUUUUCCACUUGUUUUCUGUGUCAGCGGUAACAAGUAGCCCUUGUGAGGUCAGGUAUGCAGUAAAGAAGAUAAAUACUCAGAAAUCCCUGGGUACUUCCAAUUCAGUCAGGAAUGCCUGGAUUUGUCAGAAGAAUGGGGCUUUGUAGGAAAUGGGUGCACAGACACAAACCCAGGGCUUAACUUGCUAGAAAAUGCAUGGAAUAUGAACACAAGAUAAUUAUUUCAAAAUGUUUCUUAUAUGUUAUUUAAAUAGUAAUAUAUAUGAUGAUUUUUUCAUAAUUUAUAAAAGCCUGUGAUAUGCACUGAAUUUUCUUUGUCACAUAGCUUUGAAUUUUGCAGCCUUCUGCAUUGCACACACUUGAACCAGACAUCAGGGCAAGCUGCUUCAAAGUUCUCUACUUUCUAAAAACAGUGUUCUCUGAAGGCCUGUGAGUCUCAUGAUACAACUGUGAAUGACUUUUACCUUAGGGAUUCUGGUUAGUCUAUUGGUGAAGAGCUCAAGUGGUUUGUAUAGAUCCCAGAUUCCUAUUUACUUUAAUGUAUUCCACAGAGCUCAUCGGAUUUUUUUGUUUGUUUUGUCUUCAACCUUCUUCUUUCCUUCUUUACUAAAAUUUCCACUGGAAUAAAUGUGCCUUUGGAAGCAGUGCCCAAAUGAGUGACCUCAGACAGUUUCUUGUAUAGGAGAGCAUCAGGACUAAGCUUUUCUUAUUUCACUGCAAAUCAGGAUGGAAGGUGGGGUUGGCUUUAAGUUUUUGAUAGGACCAGAAGUAGCUUACAGGGCCAUGUGUAGUGUUUGGCUUCUCCACCACAAGAGCCAACCCAGAAAUAUGGUUGUGGUCCCUAAUACAGCCAUGAGGGAGGGUGAAAGUAUGCUGGUGCCAUCCAUCUUUGCUUAAAAUUUAAAAUAUAAUAUUCAAGAGUAAAUGAAGCAGUUACUAUUAUGAAAACCAGAAGCAUUUUAGCUUAGGUUAUGACAGAAAUUUAUGAAUUGAAUAAGAUUAUGCAUGCCCAGUUAAACACAGAACUCCUACUUGGGUCAAGAUUAUGGAAAUGAUUGGCAGUCACACUGAAUCCUUGAAAAAUUAGUAAAGACACUCUAUGAUAUUUUAUUUUUCUGUGGUCAGGGUCUGGCUAUAUGGCCCAGUUUGGCCUUGAACUCCUUAUGUAGCCUAGGUUGGGCUUGAAUUUAUAAUCUUUCUGCCUCAGCCCCCCAAAUGCUGGUUUUAAAGCUAGUUGCCAACAUGCCCACCAUCCCAAGAUGCUUUCGAGUCACCAUAUUGUCCAGUGUUACUUAGACAUAUCUUAUAAAUGCUAGCCUAUAACUGAGGUGUAAAUUCUUGAUAAACACAAGCCCCUGAGGUAGCUAAUUUGAAUAUCACUAUAUUUGAAUAUAGUCAUUUGGUUGAGAGCCAAAAACAAAGUCCAAAAAGGGGAAGUCUUGACUUAAGGGUACAAUUUUGAUCAAGCACAUGAAGUAGGUGAACACUUGGCACUGGUAAAAAGAUGGCUCAUUGUUUCUUGCUUACAGUUUUAAUCACUACUGUAUUUGUAAACAGAAGCUCAGCACAGUUCCCUGGAGGAACCAGUAUCAUUGUGUGUGCUAAUUUGCACAUGGAAGUUAAAUUUAUGUAUGUCUGUAUUUAAUUUAGGACCGUGUAACCGGAUCAUAAACAUACUUUGUACAGUUCCUGAUGAAUAUCAGUGUCUCAUCCUUUGCUAAGUACAAGGCGAUUCCAGUUAGGUUGCAGAGGCUGUUCAUUUGUGCACACCACAGAUGUUACUUCUCAGCUGUAACUUGACUCAGUACAUGUGUUUAAGGACAGCUGUGGAAAUCAGGAUAUUUCCACAUGCAGACUUACUUGCAUGUCAUUGUUGUCUUUUGUAGAUCCCCAAAGAAUGUUGGUUCGGAAGCUAGGGAAACAGUUGAAGAGUAUUUUGGAGCUUUCUUAUCAGAUGGAACAUCUUUUUCAGGAGUUUUCUUGAAGGGGACUUCUGAGAAGGAUCAAUAGGUUUGAGACUAAAAGCUAAAUCCCAGCAUCUGUCAUUUUAAAUUUCUGUUAGAGAUCUUGCAGGUCUACAAACAGAAUUCUCUUCUAGCCCUGUGUCUUUGUCCUUAUGCAGAGGCCGCUCAUGGAUAAAAUUAUACCCAUAUCAUUUUCAAGUGAUUACGAUGCAUGAGCCAGUGAGAUGACACACUUUUCCCUGGGAAUGUUGACCCACCCAUUGUGUUCCAAGGAGAAUAAGGAUUCACUGCUUGUUUCCUUUACCUUCUCCUUCCUCCAUUUUGCCUUUCUCUUAGAUAUUAUAAACCACACAUAAUACUACAAGAGGACAUUCUAGUGGAAAACGGUGGUUUGGCUUUAGUUCAUGUUUACAAGCAGGUGUUGCAUCUACUACAAUCAGGGAUGACUUUUUUAACUAGAUAAGCUAUUUGCUAAACUAUAUCCGUUUUCCGUCAAGAUAGAUAAUGCCAUUUUAGAAGCAGUCAUUUACUAUCUGCACAUUGGCAUAGAAACAUCCAGGCUUCUUAAACAUUUCAGGAAUACGCCACAAUCAGUGUAAAACAUCAUUGAAAAUGUCUUUUCAUAUCAUUACAGCCAUUAAAAUUUGGUUUGCCUUUA